AGUGUGAUAGCGCUGAAAGCUGAAAAUUGGCCUGGACAGGAAGGGGGGGUGAAAGUGUCCGGACUGGAAGAGGGGAAAAGUGUCCGGACUGGAAGGGGGGGAAAGUGUCCGGACUGGAAGGGGGGGAAAGUGUCCGGACUGGAAGGGGGGGGGAAAGUGUCCGGACUGGAAGGGGGGGAAAGUGUCCGGACUGGAAGGGGGGGAAAGUGUCCGGACUGGAAGGGGGUGAAAGUGUCCGGACUGGAAGGGGGGGAAAGUGUCCGGACUGGAAGGGGGGGGAAAGCGUCCGGACUGGAAGAGGGGGGAAAGUGUCCGGACUGGAAGGGGGGGAAAGUGUCCGGACUGGAAGGGGGGAAAGUGUCCGGACUGGAAGGGGGUGAAAGUGUCCGGACUGGAAGGGGGUGAAAGUGUCCGGACUGGAAGGGGGGGAAAGUGUCCGGACUGGAAGGGGGGGAAAGUGUCCGGACUGGAAGGGGGGGAAAGUGUCCGGACUGGAAGGGGGGGGAAGUGUCCGGACUGGAAGGGGGGGGAAGUGUCCGGAC